UCUUACACAAACCUCAAAAUAUCUGAUCCCCGUGGGCCCCAUCUGUCCACUCUUUCGUCCACACAACUUCUUCUUCAACUGCUAAAACGAGAAAAGAAAAUACCAGGAAAAUAUGUGGGGAGGAAAACUUAGGAUUGCUACAGUGAAAGUUGAACAGGAAAUGGAAAUGCAAGGACAACCCUCCACCGCCUUAUGGUUCUUGGCUGAUAUUUUUGGCUUCUGGGCGGCGGCAAUACCUAUAUAUACCCAACCCCACCACUUCUCACCGACCAUUUUUCGUCCACAAAACUACUACCGGGAUUUCCUCUAUAAUCUGCUCCAAAAUCCCAAGAAACUAAUUCAAGAACCAUACUUUGAUAGACAGGAAUGGACCCUGAAGAUCAUAAGACCCUAUUUUCUUCUUCUUGUGGAGAAUCUGAUAUUCCUAUACAGCCUAAAACGAUGCCGAUUUCUUCAUCGGAAUCCUUCCUUUUGCCUUUAUCAGUGGCAGCUCCAUUUCCUAAACCACCAGAGCCCUCACAUUUAAUAAACGUUGAUUCUUUUCCACCCCAAUUUGAAUUCCAAGGUGCCAUUCCAAUUGGAGAAACUGCAGCUCCGAGUACCGUAGGAGGUACUGGGGAUUCAUUAGGUGUGCCACAGCCUAUGGAGUGUUUGUAUGGGACUCCAAUUCCUCCUUUCUUGUCCAAGACUUUUGAUUUGGUUGAUGACCCUUCAUUGGAUUCUAUAAUUUCUUGGGGAGCAAAGGGGGAUAGCUUUGUUGUGUGGGAUCCUGUGGAAUUUGCAAGGAUUAUCUUGCCAAGGAAUUUCAAGCACAAUAAUUUUUCAAGUUUUGUUCGGCAGCUUAAUACAUAUGGAUUUCGUAAAAUUGAUACUGACAAGUGGGAGUUCGCCAAUGAAGGAUUCAUAAGAGGGCAGAGACAUUUUUUGAGAACUAUCCAGAGACGAAAAACAUCUCAAUCUCUGCAGAUUGGAAGCUCGUCUGGAUCAUCUAGUGAGACGGGGAAAGCUGCAUUGCAAGGCGAAUUGGAACAUUUAAGGAAAGAGAGAAGCUCAAUGAUGCAGGCUGUGGUUGAAAUGCAGCACCAGCAGCGGAAUACAUUUCAACAUAUGGAAAUAGUCAAUAAGAAACUCCAGGAAGCAGAGAAGAGGCAGAAGCAAAUGCUUUCGUUCUUGGCUAAAAUGUUACAGAAUCCAGCAUUUGUGGCUCGUCUUCAGCAAAAGGGCAUAACUUCUCCAAGAACAACACGAAAAUUUUUAAAACAUCAACAUGAAUCAGGUACACCUGAUUCGUCCCUUGAGGGGCAGAUUGUGAAAUAUAGACCGGAACGAAGAGAUUUUGCUAUGGCUUCUGUACCUCCGGACUUCAAUCCUGAUGCAUUCAAACAACUUCCUGAUUAUUCUUUACAAAAUACAGGAGAAAACCUUGCUUUUGGUGCAGAGAUUUUUCCUUUCCAGGCUGAACAUACUGAUCGUGAUGCAGUGGUGCUGCAACAUGAAUUUAUCCAAACCCCUGAACAGGCUGGAGGAGUCUCAAGUAUGGACGCUUUAGAUCCAUUUAAUAAAGGAAAGAAUGUAAUAAAUCCCGAGAAACAAGUCACUCCCCAGCAUUUCAUCUCUUUUCCUGAGGACUUGGCUAGGGAGAAGAAUUUUCUUGAAAUAUUGUCGCCAGGAAUUGGACAUAUGGUCAAAGAAGAGGGCGAAUGGAACUUAGGUUUUGAAGCCAGUCAUGGUAUGUCCAGUUCUACAAAUGAGUUAUGGAGUAAUCUUAGCAAUUAUGACAUGCCAGAAUUAGGUGUUAGCAGUGGGAUAUCUGAUAUUUGGGAUAUAGGCUCACUGCAGCCCUGGGGAACUCCAGGCAUUGAGACGUGGCCAGAGGAAGACUCACCCUUGAAUGAGCUAGAGAACCAAGCUGGCCAGUCUAGAGACGAUAGUUCUAAGAAAAUGGACCCAUAGGGUUUAUAGUUUGCUGCUCUUUGAGUCCUAGUAUAGUUGGAUUGAUUUCUUUCAUACUAUUGAACAGUUCAUCAUAUAUUAGUUUAUUAUUAAAUUUCCUUAAUUUUCUCAAUAUUUGCAUUUAUUAUUUUGGUUAUUUCAGUGAAUUCCAAGAUCA